UGAUUUGAAAUURAARAAGAAGGAUGUCUGAGCUCACAGCAAAACCAAAACACAGACCGCACCCAGGGGAUUUCAAGGAGCGCGCGCUUAAACUCUGUCUUGUUUGGGUGGAUUGUAUUUGAAAACAUGAGAGAAAUUGUACAUGUGCAAGCUGGCCAAUGUGGGAAUCAAAUCGGCGCUAAGUUCUGGGAAGUGAUUUCAGAUGAACAUGGCAUCGACGCUACUGGAAACUACCACGGCGACUCAGACCGUCAGCUCGAAAGAAUCAAUGUUUACUAUAACGAAGCUUCAUCUGGUAAAUACGUCCCGCGUGCUGUACUCGUGGACUUGGAGCCAGGAACAAUGGACUCUGUUCGCGCAAGUCCAUCAGGUCAGACAUUCCGACCAGAUAACUUUGUAUUUGGUCAGAGUGGUGCUGGUAAUAACUGGGCCAAGGGACAUUAUACCGAGGGUGCUGAGCUAGUUGACAGUGUCCUUGAUGUAGUCAGAAAAGAGGCCGAGGGUUGUGACAGCAUGCAGGGCUUUCAGCUUACGCACUCCCUAGGGGGUGGCACUGGGGCUGGUAUGGGGACGCUAUUGAUCUCAAAGAUUCGCGAGGAAUAUCCUGAUAGAAUCAUCAAUUCAUUCAGCGUUGUGCCUUCUCCCAAGGUAUCAGACACAGUGGUCGAGCCGUAUAACGCAACGCUUUCCGUACAUCAAUUGGUGGAGAACACGGACGAAACGUUUUGUAUCGAUAACGAGGCUCUGUAUGACAUUUGCUUCAGGACGUUAAAACUGCGCACGCCCACCUACGGUGACCUGAAUCACUUGGUGUCAGCGACAAUGAGUGGCAUUACGACGUGUUUACGCUUUCCUGGUCAGUUGAACGCCGACCUUCGUAAACUUGCUGUMAACAUGGUACCAUUCCCUCGUCUUCACUUCUUUAUUCCUGGUUUUGCACCGUUGAACAGCCGUACAGCGCAAUCGUUUAGAGCUUUGACUGUCCCUGAAUUAACCCAUCAGAUGUUUGACGCUAAGAAUAUGAUGGCUGCCUGUGAUCCAAGACAUGGACGAUACUUAACAGUGGCGGCCAUUUUCAGAGGAGAAAUGUCCAUGAAGGAGGUUGAUGAGCAAAUGCUUAACGUCCAAAACAGAAAUAGUAGUUAUUUUGUUGAGUGGAUACCUAACAACGUCAAGACCGCAGUCUGCGAUAUUCCACCUCGCGGGCUCAAGAUGUCUGGAACUUUUAUCGGGAAUUCAACAUCCAUUCAAGAGCUUUUCAAGCGAAUUGCCGAACAGUUUACAGCCAUGUUUAGGCGAAAAGCCUUUCUUCAUUGGUACACUGGCGAGGGGAUGGAUGAAAUGGAAUUUACUGAGGCCGAGUCCAAUAUGAACGAUCUGGUGUCCGAAUAUCAGCAGUACGAAGAAGCAACGGUCGAAGACGAAGGAGAAUUYGAUGAUGUACCUGAGAACGAAGAAUACGAAGCUGAAGCUGAAUAAUUAAUGGAAAAGUCAGUCUAAUGACUGAAUUGUAAUUACUGGAUUUAGUGGGCGUUUUUUUACAUGGGAGAGGGCCACAAAACAAUAAAGAGAACAAAAUAAAAGAGUGAUGAUCCACCUCGGGCCACCUGGCUGAGCACCAGCUCUCUCUUCUGAACGACCCCUCAACCCUUAUCUGGUCCAUAAUCAUCUGUAGAAGCAACAUUAAAAAAAAAAAUUAAUAGCACUAUGAAUAAUACCGAUGAUAUGAUAAUGACAAUUUCAAUAUUAGUCACAAUGUUAAUGUAAAAUAACUAUAACAAUACUAUGCAAAAUACUUACCACAGUACGUCAAGUUGAGCAUGAUACGUUCUAUGCUAGUAAGGAAAAGGAUCUAUCCAUUUUCAAUUCUGCAGGAAUAGAUGCCUUUUAUUCACAACUGCGGGCAAUUAUUCCAACGUAUUCUAUACACCCUUUUAAUAAGUCCCGAGGUAUUGUUUUUUCUCCGCACUUGACGUCAAAUUUAUUCUUUUGAAAUUUUUGCAAUACAGAAGGAAUUCAAAAGAAUAAAUUUGACGUCAAGUGCGGAGAACGUAUAAUAACUCGGGACUUAUUAAAAGGGUGUAUACUUGCUCAGCCACUGCCUGUGAAUUGUUUUUCAUGUGAAAAAAUGGAGAACGUAAACGUUGAAUAGAAGCAUCAUACUACCCUGAUGAUCUACACUUUGUGAAAAUGUCCAUGACCAAACAGUAGGUAGUAUUUUUAUUUCUAAAAGGAGUGUUAAUGAAUUUGAUGACUUUUCACAGAUCAUUUUGUUUUCCUGAACUUCCGAUUUACUGAAUCAAACAAUCCAAGUGUAUUYAUUUAACUUCACUCAAGCUUUAUAUUGUCAGAAUUAAACUGUAAUUAAACUCGAAA